AUGAUACCACUCGUAUUUGGAAUUGAUCGGGACGGGUAUAUUAAUCCUAAUGUCAUCCAUGUGAUCUGGCGGAUUACUCCUAGUGCCAUUGUCGAGCCAUGUCAUAAUAUGCGUACUGCCGUCACAUCCUUGUGCUCAACUCCUACUCGUGCACAUUCUGGUAUGGAGCGUUUCUUGUCCCGACGUGGUCUUUUUAUUUCGAGAGAGUUGUUCGCCCUGUUCGGGUGGUUCACGCAAUCGCGGAUAUUCUGGUACUACGUGACGGCCUACGUGACCGUGCGCUUCUCCAAAUUCCUGUUCAUCAUCAGUAAAUCGGUGUUCGUCCACGGGAUAAUGCCGCCAAUGGACGUCACCCAGUUCAAGGACAAAUGGACUGUGGUGACCGGCGGGACGGACGGCAUCGGAAAAGCCUACACACUAGAGCUGGCCCGGGCACGAGGCCUUAAAAAAUUCUACUUGAUCGGGAGAAGCGCCGACAAGUUGGCUGUGGUCGCCGGAGCUUUGAAAAAGAGCCACGGCGCCGAGGUGAAGACGCAUGUCUUUGAUUUUGAUAAUGGAGAUUGGCCCACGUUGGAGAAGGAGAUCAAGGAGCUGGACGUUGGGAUUUUGUUAAACUUCGCCGGUCUUGCUCCGAACACCAUCGGAAACCUGAUCGAGCAGGAAGAGGGGAUGGCUUCGAAAAUCAUGCGCGUCAACUUGAUGAGCUGCAUUCGGAUGAACGAGCUUGUGCUCCCAGGAAUGGUCAAGAAAGAUCAAGGCAUCAUCGUCAACAUGAGCUCAAUGACGGGAUGGCGCCCGCUUCCGUACACCAGCUCUUACCCGGCUAGCAAGGCUGCAAUUUCGUUCUUCUCCGAUACACUGUCAGAUGAGUUCCGAGGGACCGGUGUGAAGGUUCAGUGUCUCGUCCCUAUGCUGGUUGCCACUAGCCUCGCCAGCUAUGACAAGUCGGAAGCUAACGAUAUUUUUGUGGUUUCGACGGAGACGUUUGCGCGACAGGCCGUUCGAGCAAUCGGUACCUUCGAACUUAUCUGCGGUUGCUGGCAGCACGAUUUCCAGAUCGCCCUCGCCCAACUCAUCAGCCCCUGGUUCUUCAAGCAGCUUUUCGUUCCAUUCGGCAUGUUGGGACUCCACCGGCAGCGGGUCGCCGAUUUCCACAAGAAAAACAAGGAU